CCUGCAACUGUAACCUGCACGCGCGGCGCUGUCGUUUCAACAUGGAGCUGUACAAGCUGUCGGGGAGGAAGAGCGGAGGAGUCUGCCUCAACUGUCGCCACAACACAGCCGGGCGCCACUGCCACUACUGCAAGGAGGGCUACUACAGAGACCUGUCCAAACCCAUCUCACACAGGAAGGCCUGCAAAGCAUGUGAUUGCCAUCCCGUGGGCGCUGCUGGCAAAACCUGUAACCAAACCACAGGACAAUGUCCCUGUAAAGACGGCGUGACCGGUAUCACGUGCAACCGCUGCGCUAAAGGCUACCAGCAGAGCCGCUCGCCCAUUGCCCCCUGCAUAAAGAUUCCAGUUGCACCUCCUACGACCCCGUCCAGCAGUACAGAGGAGCCAUCAGACUGCGACUCUUACUGCAAGGCUUCGAAAGGCAAACUGAAGAUCAACAUGAAGAAGUAUUGCAAGAAAGAUUACGCCGUCCAGGUCCACAUCCUGAAGGCGGACAAAGCCGCCGAGUGGUGGAAGUUCACCGUCAACAUCAUCUCCGUGUACAAGCAAGGCGAGAGCCGCAUCCGCCGCGGCGACCAGUUCCUGUGGGUCCGCGCCAAGGACGUGGCCUGCAAGUGUCCCAAGAUCAAGCCGGGGAAGAAGUACCUGCUGCUGGGGAACGACGAGGACUCCCCCGGGCAGAGCGGCGUGGUGGCAGACAAAGGCAGCUUGGUUAUCCAGUGGAGGGACACGUGGGCGCGCAGGCUCAGGAAGUUCCAGCAGCGCGAGAAGAAAGGCAAGUGCAAGAAGCCAUAG